AUGACGGUCGAUAUUCUCCCCCUCGAGCUGAACUUCACUCGCCCUUUUACCAUUGAAGUCUCGCGAACUCUCACCAUACGGAAUACAAGCAGCUCGCCUCUGGCCUUCAAGGUCAAAACCACCGCCCCCAAACAGUAUUGCGUUCGACCCAAUGCCGGCCGUAUCGAGCCCGGGAGUGCUUUCGACGUUACAGUGCUCCUCCAGGCCAUGAAGCAGGACCCUCCCCUGGAUGCCAAAUGUCGCGACAAGUUCCUCGUCCAAUGCGCGCCAAUCACCUCCGACAAGGACUUCUCCAGCAUUGCCUCCGUUCUAGAGUCUGCAGACAGGGCCACACUUGUCGAACGCAAGAUCCGUGUCAAUUGGCUGGCUGCCAAUGGCGAAGAUGCUCAGGGACCUGCUGCCUCCGCCCUCUCGACUCCCAGCAAGCCUUCGGCCGUGAACGGCGCGACCGAAACCCCCGAUGCUCCUCGAACAUUCUCUUCUCCCGGCGACGACGCCCACUCGACGACCAUUGCUGCCCCGCCCCCGUACACCCCCGACGAUGCCGCCGCCGAGGAGACCGACGACAAGCUGGAGCGCCCCAAGUCUGCCGUGUCGCACGCCGCCACCUCUGUCUCCGAGACGGCGCAAGCGACGUACGAGGAGCUCAAGAGCAAGCUUGCCCCGGCAGAGGCGCAGCUACUGAAUCUCAAGGAUAGCGGUCUGCGCCAGCGAAACGUAAAGAACGCUUCCAGCGACGAGAAGAGGCCUGCCGCCAUCACUGCGCAGUUGGUGAGGCAGCAACCUGGCGGCGUUCCCGUGCCGGUUGUUGCCCUCUUGUGUCUGCUGAGUUUCCUGCUCGCCUAUCUUUUCUUUUAG